AUGUUAUCAUCUGAUGGACCACAGCAAUCAAUGGAUGAUAAUAAAUCGUAUUUGAAUAAUGAUCAAACAUCACCUCUGAUAGAGAAUACGACAAAUAAUCAAACAAUAGAUAUAACAAAAACAAACCAAGAAUCUGAGAUAUUACCAAAUGACUCAUUAUUAAAUAAUCUCACAUUCAAUCCCGCUUUUUUGAAUAUGCGUCGAUGUCGUUCGGAAGCGGAAAAAAAUGAUGGUGACACAAUUGUUGUUAUUAAUGACGGAAAUAAUCGUCAAGAUUAUUUACCACGUUAUCGUUCGAAAAUUUGUCGACGCCAAUAUUUAAUUGGUGCUUAUUAUGACGGUUAUCGAAACGGUAAUCGUGUACCAGGGUUGCCUGUUUCUUGGCUUUUGAGUCAACGUCGUCAUCAACCAAUGAAUUCAGAUGCAUAUAAUCGAAUAGACUGGUUAAAUUUGUCUUCAACAACAAAAACAGCAGCAAGCGAAAAAAAACCGUUUAAAAAUGUAUCAUAUCAUGAUGAACUAAAACCAAUGAUUACACAAUCUGAAGACGAAAACAAACCGCUAACAAAAAAGAAAGUAUUAGAUGAAAACCUUGUUAAUGAUUUGAGGCGUUUAUUGACCUUUGGCAACAAAGAUAUUUCUUCAUUUAACAGAAGAAUAUCAUAUUCAGAACACGAAACAACAGAUGAUGAUCAACAACAUCAAGAAUAUCCAUGGCAUGUAAAACCAGCACGCUCUAUUUUAAAAAGUUCGCGAAAACCACCAUCUCCAACGAAACUCACAUCAUUACCUGUUAAAUAUGAGCGUAAUUAUCACAGAGAAAAUACCAUUUAUCAUUAUACAACAGUCGAAAAAAGUAUCUACGAAAAACGUAUCAUCGAAUCGACAAAUGAUGAUGAAAACUCACAUUUUCACUAUAAUGCAGCUUAUCUUCCACAAAUUCGGCAUGAUUCCGGUUACUCGAGUCAAUAUGAACGAUCUCACUUACAAAAAUUAAAACCCGAGAUUAUCUACAACCAUAAUGAAUAUUUACCAACGGCUGAUUUUGAUCGUUUUGCCGAUUUUACACCUAAUACAACAACAUCAUCAAAUGUCGAUAGUGAUUUUCUUGAGCCAAUUGUUACUGAUCUACACCUAUUAAAAAAUCUUUCACCAAUCGCCCCUCCAUCCUUUGUAUACGAUGCUGAGCCAUCUCCAUUAAUUAUUGUAUGUCCAAAACCGAUACUGAACGAACAGUUAAUCAUACGAGAUAAUAAUAAUACAAAUGUUCAUCCAUUAUUAGAAAAUGAAUUUGAUUUACGUUUACCACUUCCUCCACCGCCACCUGUACCCGAUCGAUCAUUGAAGCCUCCGCACCUUAGACCGAAACCUGCCCGUUUAGUCGAAAUACCCACACGUAAACAUCGAACAAGACAAACGUCAUCCGAUGAAGUAUCCACAUCAUCCAUCACGUCAUCUCUGUUAACAAAUAAUGUGACUUCGUCUAUUGACGACAAUAGUUUACAGCCAGUAACACCACAACAAAAUAAAAAUCAAUUCGAACGAUACGAUUCACCUCGAAAAUUACCUACAACGACGGGAAACGAAUCUAUCCCACGUGUGACUAUUCCAGAUUCGCCUGACUCCGAUACUACUAAACGUUUAGUUUCGCAUAUACCAAUAAUUCCAAAACCUCGUCAAAGCCUGUUAAAUAAACAAAAAACAAGUCCACCAGAUGAUACUAAUGCGUCCUCUACAUCAAUGCACGGUAAUUCUGAACGAAUGCAAAUUAAUAGUGGUUUAAGUGACCCAAUCGGUCCUCUAGACAAUACACCGCCACUCAGUAGUUUUGAUAUGGAUCCAAAUAGAGACAGUUCAACAUCAUUAAAGAAAACCAAUGUAUUAGCAACGAUCAGCAAUUUAUCCACACAACAAACCACACCAGUUAUUAGUCCACGAUUACAUAGUAGUCGAUAUUAUUGUGGUGGACUAACAGAGGAGAAAGAUAAUAAAUCAGUAAAAUCUCCAAAGAGAAAAAUAUCCACAGAAGAUGAUAACGAACUGAAACCAAGAAUAAUUAUGUACCAAGAAGAACCCUUUCAUUCAUCACAACAAACGCGACUCUCGUCUGAAAAUGGACGUAAGAAAAAUGCGUUUGGUUGUCUAUCAAAUGUGAGCUCAUCAUCAUUUGAAAAUUUAAAUCAAUCGAAAAAACGCUCAAUUAAUAAUCAGCACCAGCAACAACCAUUUGAUGAAGUUACAAACGGAUUACCAGUUCGUUUUUCGAAUAAUCAAACUACGACAGUAGAAAAUAAGAAACAAUUUGCACGUAAUACAAAAUCUAAUAAUCAACAGUCAGAUGCAAGUGAAUUAUCAUCUGAAAAACAAAAUUCGAUAGAUGAUCUCAACUUACCAGAAAUCAAAUUUCGAAAAGAUCUUCCGAUAAAUGUCGAAGGCCGGUUACCCCAUUUACGAUUCGAUUCCAAUCGAAUACUGAACGAUCCAAAAUAUACAUAUUCCCAAAGUUAUAGAAUCGAUGCAAUGCAAGCUUUGAAAAACGUUAAAAAAGGUACAAGUCUCCCACGGUAUUAUGCUUAUUAUCCACAUUUUGAAGCAGCAAGAGAACGAUAUAUUUUUGUUCCAAAGCAUUUUCCGAAUGAAAAUCCAUCGUGUUACGAACAUAGUGGUCUUGAACAUUUCAAAAAUGUAUGUGAUAAAAACUGA